AUGCGGAACAUUUCGUACUUCUACGAUCAGGAGAUUGGCAAUUACAAAUACGCACCAGGGCACCCUAUGAAACCGCACAGAAUCAGACUCACGCACUCUUUGGUGAUGAACUACUCGAUAUUUAAAAGAAUGAACGUGUAUACGCCCAUUCCAGCAACUUUUAAUGAUCUCACGCGCUUCCACUCGGACGACUACAUUGAGUUUCUGCAGAGAGUGCGGAAGGAAAACUCCGACUCAAAGGAAAAAGAGCUGUCUAAAUACAACAUGAUAGAAGACUGCCCUGUUUUUGAGGGCGUUUACGAAUACUGCCAAAUCACAGCUGGCGGCUCCAUACAGGGCGCCACCCACAUCAACGAAGGCAUAUGCGACGUCGCCAUCAACUGGGCUGGCGGACUGCACCACGCGAAGAGACGGGAGGCUUCUGGAUUUUGCUACGUAAACGACAUUGUCCUGGGGAUUUUGGAGCUGCUGAGAUACAACGAGAGGGUGAUGUACAUUGAUAUUGACGUGCACCAUGGGGACGGCGUUGAGGAGGCUUUCUACUGCAGCGACCGUGUUAUGACAAUAUCCUUCCACAUGCACGGAGAGUUUUUCCCAGGAACGGGCGCAGUUACGGACACGGGAAUCGAGAAGGGGCGGGGGUACAGCAUAAACGUGCCCUUGAACUCGGGAAUUGACGAUAUGACAUAUCUGUCGAUAUUCAAGCCUAUUGUAGGCGCGGCCACAGACAGGUUCAAGCCCGAGGUGAUUGUUCUGCAGUGCGGCGCUGACUCUCUGGCCGGGGACCGGCUGGGGUGCUUCAACCUCACGCACAAGGGACACGCCGGGUGCGUGGAGUUUGUUAAGUCCUUGAACAUCCCCGUCAUGAUUUUGGGCGGAGGCGGAUACACGGUUUCCAACGUCUCAAGAGUCUGGGCGUACGAGACCGCGGUUUUGGCAGACGUGGACGUCUCUGUGGAGCUCCCGUACACCGAAUACUUUGACCACUACCACCCAAACUAUACGCUGGAGGUGCUGCCCAUGGCGAUGGACAACCAGAACACAAAGAAAUACAUCGAGAGAGUGUGCGAGGAGGUUUUGGAGAACCUGAAGAGCGUCGAAGGGAGGCCGUCUGUGCAAAACAUCCACACUAUGAAGUCCCUUAUGACGGAGACUGCGGACGAAACAAACGAGGACAUGUGGAACCGGCUGAAGGAGCGAAGAAUCUUCAAGGACAAAGACGAAGAGGCAGAGCACUUUAUCGAGUACUCGUUUGAGGAUGAAGGAGUCAGGUCUUCGUAG